AGACUCAUCAACGCAUGGACGGAAACACCAACGAAGUGGUACCCGCUACCGCUGGCAGUCGGCGCGUUGCUUCUCGUUGCUAUACAGUAUCGUAAGAAGGUGAAAAGGGCGCAGAAGGAAGUGCAGCUCGACGAAAACGGAAUGGAAAUUAUCAAACUGAAGGGCCCAUGGCAUGUACAUGUUCUUGGUGCUCUUCCGCUACGAAAUAUGUCACGGUUAUGGGGCUAUGUCAACUCGCUCGAGCUUCCUGUUUGGUUUAGACCCCAUGGUUUACGGCUAUAUGCUUAUGCUUUCGGUUGCAACCUCGACGAAAUUGAACCUUCAGACCUUAGGGAAUACCCCAGCCUUGGAGCGUUCUUCUACCGGAAAUUGAAAGAUGGUGUACGCCCUGUUGCUAAAGCUGCAUUGGUCAGUCCUGCAGAUGGGACGAUGCUCCACUUCGGCACUGUGCAAGGCUCGCGUGUGGAACAAGUCAAGGGAAUCACGUAUUCGCUCGACGCCCUCCUCGGCGUGGAAAGACCGGGGAGUCCCUCCUCCAUCACCUCCACCGUCGUAGAACACAACCGCGAUAUGUCUGUUGUCGACGACAAAGAGUUCGCCAACGUCAACGGCAUUGAAUACAGCCUUGACCAGCUCAUAGAUGCUGUGCCAAAGAAGUUCGGUGCCCAGGUCGAUGCGUCUAUUGUGGAACCGGAGAGGAGUAUGCAGGAUACACUAGUGCAUGACGCAUCUGUCGCAUUGGAGAUGGGCUUCAAACCUCCGCUGGAUAAGAGACCUAACACUUACGUCCGACCUGGUAAUUCACUCUUUUUUGCGGUGAUAUAUCUCGCUCCUGGAGAUUACCAUCGCUUCCACAGUCCCACAGCUUGGGUAGUGGAGAAGCGGAGACAUUUCAUGGGCGAACUGUUUUCGGUAUCUCCAUUCAUGGCGAAGCGGUUGGAAAACCUCUUUGUACUGAAUGAGCGUGUCGCACUCUUGGGACGUUGGAAAUAUGGCUUCUUUGGAAUGGUACCUGUUGGUGCUACAAACGUCGGGAGCAUCAAAGUGAACUUUGACAAGGACCUCCGAACCAACGUUCGAGGCAAAAGACCUCCUCCCGGCACUUACACUGAAGCCGUCUACUCGGCGGCCUCCCCGAUCCUUCAAGGACAACCAUUGACCCCUGCUGAGGAGAUGGGCGGGUUCCGUCUCGGAAGCACGAUUGUAUUGGUGUUUGAAGCUCCAAACGACUUUGAGUUUACAGUUCACUCGGGGCAGAAGGUGAAAGUUGGGGAGAGGUUAGGCGAUGUGGGCGACAAGCUGAAGACUGACUAG